UGAUUUUACAGGAACAACCAUAUCACAAGGCCAGGACUUACAUCCAAAACUGUUGUCGAUUACCCCACUUUACGUUCCCCCCUCGAAGCUCCUCGAAGACUGGUGCAUUUCCAGCCAGUAGUCUGUUCCAAGCUCACUCACCCUACUUCCGACGAACCCCUCCAAGACAGCCUCUUACCCCACCAUACAUUCUGCCUACCUAUUCUUUCUGCUACGCCCUUCAAUAUCAACGGCCUUCUCUAGACCAUUCCGAGUCGCCUAUUGACCUCGCUUGCUUAUAUAGUCUAUUGAAGGCCGAGGUAUCGUCAGCCUGGAGCGGAAUGUCUGUUUCCAUACAGGAGUUGGACAACACUGUCCGAGCCUUCUAUGAGGGCAAAGGGGAUUUGCAAAAACAAGCUCAGCAGACCCUUACAGAGUUCAAGCAAAACCCGGAUGCUUGGUUGAUUGUGGGAAACAUUCUGCAAGAAUCUUCAUAUCCACAGACCAAAUACCUUGCUCUCCAAGUCCUCGACGAUGUUAUCAUGACGCGAUGGAAGGUUCUGCCCAGAGAACAAUGUCUAGGUAUUCGGAAUUUUAUCGUCAAUUUUAUCAUUGAGAACUCGAAAUCAGAGGACAAGCUGCGGAGCGAACGGGCUUUUCUUAACAAACUCAAUCUGGUUCUUGUUUCGAUUUUGAAGCAGGAGUGGCCGCAUAAUUGGCCAACCUUCAUCAACGAAAUCAUUUCGUCAUGUCACACGAGCCUAUCGAUCUGUGAAAACAACAUGGCAAUCCUUCGUCUCCUAUCUGAAGAAGUUUUCGACUUUUCGCAGGAUCAAAUGACGUCUGUAAAAGCGAGGAACCUAAAAACAUCCAUGACACAAGAGUUUUCUUCGAUCUUUCAGCUGUGCUCCGAGGUCCUGAACACGGCUAACCAGCCAAGUCUAGUCAAAGCUACACUGGAGACCCUGCUUCGUUUCUUGAACUGGAUCCCCUUAGGUUAUAUCUUUGAGACUCCCAUUAUAAACACUCUGCUGACGCGAUUUCUGGAUGUUCCCGAGUUUCGCAAUGUUACACUCAAGUGUCUGACUGAGAUUGGCGGAUUGCAAAUUGGCAACCCCUACAACUACGAUGAAAGGCUGGUUCACAUGUUCACAGAGACACUGACUGUAGUCUCAAGGAUCAUCCCCUUAUCGAUGGAUCUCAAGCAAACUUAUGCCAAAAGCAACUCGAGAGACCAAGAGUUUGUACUCAACCUAGCACUUUUCCUCUGCAGCUUCUUUAGCGCUCAUCUCAAUGUCAUUGAGAAAUUACCUAAUCGUGAUUAUCUCACGCACGCCCAUUUCUACCUCAUCCGUAUCAGCCAGAUCGAUGAUCGAGAGGUCUUCAAGAUCUGCUUGGAAUAUUGGACAAGGCUGGUGCAAGAACUUUAUGAGGAAAUGCAGCAGCUCCCUAUUACAGACAUCAAUCCCCUAGUGAGUAUGGGUGUUAGCGGCCUUUCCAAUGGAGGAGCGCCGCAUCCCAGCACCCUGGCCAACUAUCCACUUCGGAAACACAAGUAUGAAGAAGUUCUCUCAAGCCUACGCACGGUUAUGAUCGAGAAGAUGGUGCGUCCAGAGGAAGUCCUGAUCGUUGAGAAUGACGAAGGUGAGAUUGUUCGCGAGUUCGUCAAGGAAAGCGACACUAUCCAGCUGUACAAGACAAUACGUGAAUGCCUGGUCUAUUUGACGCAUUUGGAUGUCGUCGAUACAGAGAAUAUCAUGAUCGAAAAGCUGGCCAAGCAGGUUGACGGGUCUGAAUGGUCAUGGGCCAAUUGUAAUACUCUCUGCUGGGCAAUCGGUUCGAUCUCUGGAGCCAUGAACGAAGAAACCGAAAAACGGUUCCUAGUCAAUGUCAUUAAGGAUCUCCUCGGCCUCACUGAAAUGAAGCGCGGAAAGGAUAACAAAGCUGUCGUUGCUAGUAAUAUCAUGUAUAUUGUGGGACAGUACCCGAGGUUCCUGAAAGCCCACUGGAAAUUCCUCAAGACAGUGGUCAACAAGCUGUUUGAAUUUAUGCACGAAACUCACGAAGGCGUCCAGGACAUGGCUUGUGAUACGUUCAUCAAAAUUGCCAACAAAUGCAGGCGGCAUUUUGUCGCGCUCCAACCGGGGGAGAAUGAACCUUUCAUUGAAGAAAUAGUUCGUAAUAUGAGGAAGAUUACCUGUGACCUAUCGCCCCAGCAGGUCCACACUUUCUAUGAAGCUUGCGGCUACAUGAUUUCCGCACAAGGUCAAAAGGGUCUCCAAGAUCGGCUCAUUGAAAAUCUGAUGUCUUUGCCUAACUCCGCCUGGGACGCCAUCAUUGUACAGGCCAAUCAAAACCCUGCAAUUCUCCAGGAUGGUGAAACGAUAAAAAUCGUUGGAAAUAUCAUGAAAACGAAUGUUGCAGCAUGUUCCUCAAUUGGCACUUACUUUUACUCUCAGCUCGGACGUAUAUACCACGACAUGCUAAAUAUGUUCCGCGCCUCCAGCCAGCUGAUCAGUGAUGCUGUUGCGCAUGAUGGCAACAUCGCGACAAAGACACCCAAAGUCAGAGGACUUAGGACCAUCAAAAAAGAAAUCCUCAAGCUUAUUGAUACCUACGUGCAGAAAGCUGACGAUUUGGAAAUGGUCAAUGCAAACAUGGUUCCUCCAUUACUUGAGGCGGUUCUUAUGGACUACAAUCACAAUGUCCCCGAUGCACGUGAGGCAGAAGUCCUGAACGUCAUGACAACGAUAAUUCACAAGUUGCACAAUCUAAUGGAAGACAAGGUUCCUCUGAUAAUGGAAAGUGUCUUUGAAUGUACGCUGGAGAUGAUUAACAAAGACUUCCAUGAGUAUCCAGAGCACCGUGUCCAGUUCUUUAAAUUGCUCCAAGCUAUCAACUUGUACUGUUUCCCUGCGUUGCUCAAACUUGAUGCCACACAGUUUAAGUUUGUGAUUGAUUCUUGCAUGUGGGCUAGCAAACAUGACAACCGCGAAGUUGAAAACACUGGCCUCACAAUGUGCCUGGAACUAAUGAACAAUAUGGCCGAGACUGAUGCGCAGACCUCAAACAUCUUCUUCAGUCAAUUUUAUAUUCCUAUACUGCAGGACGUAUUCUUUGUUCUCACAGACAGUGAUCACAAAGCUGGAUUCAAAUCACAAGCUAUGCUCUUGUCACGCAUGUUCUACUUUAUCGAGUCUGGCAAGGUUCAAGACCCAAUCUAUUCUCCAGAACAGGCUCCUCUGGGGACAUCCAGCAAAGACUUUUUGCAAGAAUAUGUUGCAAACCUCCUGCAAAACGCAUUCAAAAAUCUUCAGGAGCUUCAAAUUAAGCAGUUUGUUGUUGGGUUGUUUGCCUUCAAUGACGACUUUAACAAGUUCAAGACUCAUUUGCGAGAUUUCUUGAUAUCACUCAAAGAAUUCUCAGAUGAUAAUGCAGACCUGUAUGCGGAAGAAAGGGAACAAGCCUUACGCGAUGCUAAAGCUGCGGAACGAGAUCGUGCAAUGAGGGUCGGGGGUCUUUUGAAGCCGUCUGAGAUGGAUCAGGAGGAUGAGCUAUGACUAGACAAAGAACUGCGCUCCGAAUUUGCCCGGCCCUUAGGUGUUAAUGUCGUGCUCCAUAACAGAUACUCCACCCCUGCACCCAUCGAUGAGUGGAUCGAAGGGUGGUUUUGCUAUGGAUUUUGAUUUUGAUAUGUUUGCUGCUCUCACACAACAUACUGGCUCCACGGCGUAUCCUUUGGUCGUCCUUGGCGACUUUCUACUGAGCUUCUAUUUCUCCAUCAGAUGGACUAGAUGUAAUAACAGUCCCGAGUCUUUGCAAACGCCAUGCCUGCCAUAUGCCAUCGACAACCAUUUGACUCCCCACCACGGCUAGAUAAACAAAGUUUUUCAUCAGUGCAGAUGGACUUUUCACUGGGCAACACUAAUUUUCUGUUCAAAAGG